GCCACCAAAAUUUUCUUGGAUUCCGUGGCCUAAUGAGAAAGGAGGUCCAUCGUCGAAGCCAAAUACAAAGACGAAAUUUGUAACAGAUUGAAAGAGACACAAUGAUGCAAAGAGGAGAAAGAAACUUACAGAAUAAAAUUUAAGCAGAUCUUAUCUUGGCAUUUGGUGUUUACCUCUACAGCUACAAUGCCAACCAUGAGUCUUUUAGGAGAUAUAGAGCUGAACAUCCCUGCUCCCCCCUAUGAAAACAAGGGCCAUUACAAAUGGGCUUUUGGUGUCUUGAAUACAAUGCGGCAUCAAGGUGUUCUAACAGAUGUAGCUGUCCUGGCUGGCAACAGAGAAAUCAAAGCUCACAGAGCAGUACUUGCUUCAGCUAGUCCUUAUUUUUAUGCCAUGUUUACGGCGGAUCUUUCAGAAAGUAGACAAGAAGUUGUUACAAUAAGAGAGGUUGAUCCACUUGCUCUGGAGCUUUUAAUUGACUAUUGUUACACUGCUGAGGUGCCAGUAAAUGAAGAAAAUGUCCAGACUUUGCUACCUGCCGCUGGCCUGCUGCAACUCGUUGAUGUGAGCAAUGCCUGUUGCGAUUUUUUGAAGUCUCAGUUGCAUCCAACCAAUUGUUUAGGGAUCAGAGCAUUUGCAGAUAUGCAUUCUUGCAGAGACUUAUUGAAUGCAGCACAUUCAUACAUUGAGCAGCAUUUUGCUGAAGUUGUAACAUGUGAAGAAUUUUUACAAUUGCCAGCAGAAAGCAUCAUUGAGUUUAUAUCAAGUGAUAAAUUAACAGUGCAGUCAGAGGAUAAGGUGUUUGAGGCAGUGAUUGCAUGGGUGAAUUAUGACAUAGCCAAGAGGGAAUCAUCACUUCCAAAGUUAAUGGAGUAUGUUCGUUUGCCAUUAUUACCACGUGACUAUCUCAUCGAACGUGUGGAAACUGAGCCUCUUAUUAAACGCAGCUUUGCUUGUAAGGAUUUUCUAAUUGAGGCACUGAAGUACCACCUAGUACCUCGUUUCCAAAGAAAUUUUAUUCAGUCGCCAAGAACCAGGACGAGAGCACCCAUUGGUUUCCCAAAAGUUCUGUACGUGGUAGGAGGGCAAGCUCCAAAGGCCAUUCGAAGCGUUGAAUGUUAUGAUUUCCAAUUUGAAAAGUGGUAUAAUUCAGCAGACAUGCAUUCGCGUCGUUGCCGUGCGGGUGUUGCGGUGUUGAACGGACUCAUUUAUUGCGUUGGCGGAUUCAACGGGUCCUUACGCGUAAGAACAGUUGAUUGCUAUGAUCCGCGCAAAGACGAAUGGCGGCCUGUCGCUUCCAUGGAAGCGCGUCGUAGCACGCUAGGAGCAGCAGUUUUAAAUGGACUUCUUUAUGCAGUGGGUGGAUUUGAUGGUACAACGGGACUAAAUAAUUGCGAAGCUUAUGAUCCUCGAUCGAAUGAGUGGCGGCAACUUCAGCCAAUGAGUGUAAGACGAAGUUCUGUAGGUGUUGGAGUUCUGAGAGGACAUUUAUACGCCGUUGGCGGUUACGACGGUGCUUCGCGACAGUGUCUGAAUUCUGUCGAACGCUACGACCCAAAUCGCAAGGAAUGGACAAUGGUAGCAGAUAUGAUGGUAAAACGGAGCGGAGCUGGAGUUGGCGUUUUAGGUGGAUUUUUAUACGCGGUAGGAGGUCAUGAUGGUCCGCAUGUGAGGAAGAGCGCUGAAUAUUACAAUCCUGAGAACAAUACCUGGGCUAGUGCCGCAGACAUGUCGAUGGCACGACGUAACGCGGGGGUCACGAUGAUAGAUGGUUUGUUAUAUGUUGUAGGAGGUGAUGAUGGCACGAACAAUUUAGCAACGGUAGAAAUUUAUAAUCCGCGCAAUGAUGAAUGGACUACAAUGACCGCACAAAUGAGCACCGGACGGAGUUAUGCGGGACUUGUGCAUAUUGAUAAAGUAUAUCCAACCAACCGCGAAAGUCCUUCAAACGGAUCGAACGGGAAGGCAAGUCCAUAUACACAGUAGAAUAAUUACUGCACGCACGGGCAGCAUUCCGACUUAAUGAGCCCACUCUAAUUUAUAUUUCCCUAAUUUUAUGUAGUAAUAAAUUUUCCUGAUUUCAUGCAAUUCUGAACUUGGCUGGGUUGAUAUCAAAGCUGAAGUGUUCCCAUACCCCAUUCACUUCAUGUUUUUCAAUGAUAGCUUUCAAUCAACGGGCAAAAUUUAAAUUUUAUAGAAUUUUGUGGAUUUCAUGCGACUCAAAAAUCAGCUAAACAUUCGCUAGAAAACAGCUAAACGCUUUGCAACAGCUAUGAAACAGCCACUUACAGUUUAGUGCUGACUUAUGCAAGUUUACCAUGCCAACUUUCUUGCUUACUUUAAUAAAAGUGACGUAAUGAUUCCAAAGUUAAAGAAAGGUGAGAUGUUGAUUCCAACAAUCGUCGUCGUAACUUCCUCUUAAUUCCUUUUUGUUCAGGAAACAAUGAAUUGGAUUGAUUUGUACGAUACAAGUUGUUAUAAUUGUAAUUGUGCUUACAGUUAUAACAACAAUUUAAGACAUUUUAACCUUAUCUCAAUGAUAAUGAAAGAAUCACAACUUCUUUUCCUUUGAUUUGAUUAAAAUUGAAAUGUAAAUCCAAUAUUUGCUGUGAAUUCAUACGUGGCCUUUAUCAUCUAUAGUUGCAGACUGCAAUGCAUGCGCCUAUGAGCCCUGUGGAUAAUUGGCGCAACAUAACUGCUUCUAUUAUUAUCAUUAAUACAAGACGUAGGCCUAUCUGAAGUUUCUCCGAACAUUUAGUUGGCAUCCAAUUGAAGCAUCCACUUAGGCCAAAGUACAUCCACUCCAGUUCUUGUGAAUGUUUCCUAGAAAUAAGUACUUUAGAAUGCUACGCCUAUAGCACGCCAAUAGCACGCCAAUAGCACGCCAAUAGCACGCGCAUGUGAAAAUGCAUUUGGUGGUGUCAAUUUUUAACCCACUCAUCUCAGAUAUUCACUUUCCUGUAAUCAAUAUUGCGAAUGAGAGUAUAUCGAAUUGUAUUUAGUUAAUAAUCAUAAAACAUUAUAUUAAGACAAAUUAGCUAAACAUUUAUAUUCAUAAACAGUCUUGAAUUUAAUUAUCCUGUUCGCAUUGAUAAUAAAAUUUGUUUACAACUUUGCUUGGAUUUUACUGAAGUCUAAAAACUGAAAAUAACCAAUUACCAGUCUAUUAUGUAAUGCGAGAUGCCGCAAGGCACGGCUGUUCACGGAGUAUUAGGCAACUUUUUCUGAUGGCUGCAUAAAGUAUGACGCUUGGAGUUGCAACUUAGAACCGAUUUGUUUUUUACACCAAACGAAGAACGAGGGUUUCUUUCUGUCAUUCGAAUCUCCCUGCAAAUAAAAAACCUAUAUCAAAGUCCAUUGAUAUUAACUUUCACCUAGAGGCGGGUUUGUUCGUCCCAUUGGUAUAAACUUCUUCAAAGUAUCACAGAAUAUUGUGACAGUGCAGUGACUUGACUACGGACUAUGCUCGAAACGUCGUUUAUAAAUUCACUUUAUUUAUAGUGCAGCUUGGACUAUCAAAAGCUGUGACGUCAUCACUAAGUGCGAGCAAUAACUGGCUCAGAAUGUUUGUGACAUCUUGAAUCGAUGGUGUUCUAAAUUUGUCAACAGAUCUAAGUAUAUCAAACACGUGUUACUUGAAUACCCUGAAGAUUACCAAUUUGAUCUUUUUUGGUUAUUAUCUGAAGCUCUCUUAAUUUGCUGACGAAUAAAACAGAAACAUUUUCGUUUAUCACCUCUGCUUCGAUUGCCUUUUUUGUGAAAACGAUGAUUUUCUGGCGGGCAAUCAACGCAAUUUGUAACAUAUUAAUAAUUAUACUAUGUAUAUGGGUCCCCAAUGUUUAUUGUACCGAAUUGCCAAUUCCUGUCACAGCUUAUCAUCAUUGAUCGAUCAUUGAAUCAAACCUAGUCGCUCAAAUUGUUUCAAUCAGUUACGAAAGUACCCAAUUCUUAUCGCAACAAAUAACCGUCGAACAUUCAAAUCACUUAAUCAUCAUCGAUUAUUAAAAUCACUUAAUUAUGAUCAUUCAAAUCAUUGGAUCAUCAUUUCCAAAUUCAAAUCGCUACCGACCAAUGAAGCUGCGGUUGCUUGUCGCAACUAAUCACCAAUGACUAUGUUUAAAUACUUUGAAAAGCAUUAACGGAGUUACAUGAACACAUGUUACUGCCCACUUUCUAUGCAAUGCACAAACCCCCCGGAACUCGCAAAUUUUCAUGAAAUGUAAUCAUCUUUGCAGAAAAGUCCAAGCUUGCGAAGAUUAAUCCUUUAAUCCUGACCAAGGUUUUCACUUCAGUUCACACCCAGCUAAAAAUCGUCAUAGCUUCUAAGACAGAUUUUAGAGAAUUCGUAGCAGAUAUCUAAUAACUCUUUGUGAGAAAGGGAGGGGUUUCCUGGCAUUCCUCGUUUCGGAAAGCUAGGCCAAAUUGCGGUGGCGUUUUUACCCGAGUUAGGUUUGGAAUGUUGAGAGUGGCUUAGCACAUUUCGGGUGAUGUUAUUUUCAUAAACAGGAUCGAUGUUGGUUAAGCUACCAUUUAGGAAGAUGGAUUUUGUAACAAUGUAAAUCAGUUUUAAAAAAUCCAGUUACUAACAACUUAGUCGAGAUAUUUCAAACUAUCCAAGAACACUUCAAGUAAGUUUAUUCCUAAAGAAAUCUUGUAGAAAAAAGUGAAUUCUCCUUAAUAUCUACUUAAAAUCUCCAUAUCCGGCUUUGCGGGUGCGGGUUUGAAGACGAGUAAAGAAUACUUAGGAUGCGAUAAGCGUGAAAGGCAGUGGAGUACAAAAACUCUUUUAGUAAUGUCAUUACUAUUCAUGCACUGUUUGAGUUUCUUAUGAUGAGUUCCUUGUUUUAAAGGUGUGUUUUGAAGAAUUAUCCUGGUGACUUUCCAAAAUACAGUAUCGCAAAUUCGCGGAAUGAUGUAAACUGAUGUUCCAAGACAGGAAAAAUCAUUAAAGUCAAAUGGCCAUUAAAAUUUAGAAAUGUUCUCCUCGAACAAAAUGGCCACAUCACAUUACACUUUUCAAUUUCUAUCUAUUUGGUUCUUCUAAUGUCCUCAAAGUCAACUGUUCUGUGGAGAGGUGGUGACCACUAUACUAGAGCCCAGUCCUGUACAGGGGCGG